UGGAGACUCUUCUGAACCUGACGCUGAAGACUCUUCUGAACCUGACACUGAAGACAGUGCUGAUUGGAAGGAGACCAGAGAACCUGCUUCAGCCUCAAAAUCACUGAAAAAUAGACAAGAAUCUGUAAGUGAUUCAAGCCAUAGUGCUGUAAAAAAAACAAUUUGGGUGCUCUGUGUGUACGAAAUAUUUUACAAAUACAAGAAAUGUAAAGGAACACAUGAGAGUCCACACAGGAGAGAAACCACACAGCUGCUCAGUCUGUAAGAAAGCUCUUGCAGAGAAUAGAGAUUUAAAUCGACACAUGAGAAUCCACACUGGAGAGAAACCAUUUAGCUGCUCAGUUUGUACCAAAUCUUAUGCAUUGAGUGGAAAUGUAAAGGCACACAUGAGAAUCCACACCGGAGAGAAAACACACAGCUGCUCAGUUUGUGAGAAAGCUUUUUCACGGAGUGGACAUUUAAAGGCACACAUGAGAAUCCACACAGGAGAGAAACCACACAGCUGCUCAGUUUGUGAGAAAGCUUUUUCAAGGAGUGGACAUUUAAAGGAACACAUGAGAAUCCACACAGGAGAGAAACCACACAGCUGCUCAGUCUGUAAGAAAUCUUUUUCAGAGAAUAGAGAUGUAAAUCGACACAUGAGAAUCCACACAGGAGAGAAACCCUUUAGCUGCUCAGUUUGUGAGAAAGCUUUUUCACGGAGUGGACAUUUAGAGCGACACAUGAGAAUCCACAUAGGAGAUAAACCACACAGCUGCUCAGUCUGUAAGAAAGCUUUUUCACGGAGUGAACAUUUAAAGGCACACAUGAGAGUCCACACAGGAGAGAAAAUAUACAGCUGUAAUGUUUGUGACAAAAGAUUUAAAUGGUGUAUUGAUUUCAAAAGACACAAUUGUGUUGGUCGUCAGUCCUCCCAGCUUAAUCAAAUUCAAACUGAUGAUAACCGAGAGGCAGAGCCUCCAAUCAGCAGCUCAGCUGAACACAAGGAAACAGAAGCUGAUGGAGAGGACAAUGAAUAAGUCUUAUGACAGUUCACCCAUGAGAAAAAUCUGUCUGACUGGAUUAACAUUGUUGCACAACAUUCAUAUAAGACUUAAAGGUCCCAUGUGAUGGCAAUUUCUACUGAUAAUAAUUCCAUUGUUGAGGUAUACUAGAAUAGAUUUAUAUUGUGCAAUUUUCCAAACUCACAUUGGUUUCUCAUACAGCUUCUCUGUAUCUAUGUGUAUUCACUCUCUGUCCUAAAUGACUUGUUGGAGCUCCUGCCCC